AUUAGUCUGUUCAGGUGUGCAAGAAAAACUAAACGAGUAGGACCGGAGGACACAGCUUAGACCUUUUUUCACCCACACAUUACUUUGAUUAUUUUAAGCAGGUAAAUACCUUUAGACCACGGAUCUUAAAGAAGAGCAGUGAUCGUGAAAUGGACUCACCACAUGAUGACAAGGAUGUUCAAGAUUUAAGUAAACGGCUCAAGGAUGCAACUUCUAAACUUCAAAGAGUGAAGUCUGAAAGGGAAGAAGUAAACAUGGAGGUUCAUCAGCGGCGUGAAGAUAUGGACCGCAGGAUGCUGCUGUUGCUGCAUGUGGAUAAUCGAGUGUGUGAUGCACUGAUUGAGCUGGAAGCUGCAAAGCAGAAAAAACAGACAUUGGUCCAACUGAUUGAGUCACUGAGCACACACACUUGGGAGACGAAGCUAAGCAGCGUCUCUGUGAGUGUGAUGCAGGAAAAGGUGGAGGUACUGGAAGAGGAGGAGAACAAGCUGAAACUGCAAUGUGAACAAGUAAAGAAAGCACUGGAUGAUGUUCAGGAGUCCACAGAGCAAGUAGCACUGGAGGAAAGUCAAACUAAAGAAAAUGCAACUGUUGCCAAACCAGUCAGAAAAAGAGGAACUCUGACAUAAAAGAUGCUCUUUUAUCCCAAUAUACAUUUAGAGUGAUGUGAAUGUGUACUAUAUAUUGUUUUUCCUUGUUAAAUAAAUUGUAAGUAAAACAGA